AUUGUCAAUCUCCACUCCUUAAAUUCUUAACCCGUCACCAUGUCCGUUUCAACUCUCCAACGGGACACUGCCUUCCAGGUCCGGUCUUUGAAUCGCUAAUACUCGUGGUUAAAUAUGCAGUUCCGCUCUUUGCUUCGCCAAUCCUCCCAGUUCUCAAACUACAACUUCCGCGAGUACGCCCUUCGAAGAACACGGGACGCUUUCCGGGAACACCAAAAGGAGACUGAAGAUAGGAGGAUACAAGAGCUGAUGCAGGAGGGUCUACAGAGUUUGCGGAUGAUGAAGAGACAAACCGUUAUCAGUCAAUUCUACCAAAUGGAUAGAUUAGUCGUGGAGGGCCAGAAGACAGGGAAGGAAACUAGACACGAAGGCGGUCCUUCUUCGCCAGAAGGAUGCUGGUUUAGAUUAAUUUAACAAAAUCUCCACAUACUCAAG